AUGGCCGGCGACUCUCAGCGAGAGGAGCUCCCCCGAAUCUCUGUCGAGACCCUCGACGACUGGCGGCGCAUGAAGCGCAACUACACCCUCGCCGCACUUGCUGCUCUCGACGAGCAACUCGGCAGUAAUCCCUCUGACAAAGAUCGAAAGGUCCUCGCCGCGCAUGUUCACAGAUUUAUUGACAGAACGUUCGAGAUGGCUCGUCCGAAUGUCAGAGUAAAUGGCCAGAACCUUGAGGACCUGCAGGAGGACGAAGGCGAGAGCGCGUUCGACGAGGGCUUCGACAGGCACAUCUGGUCGCUUGCUGACCAGAGUUUGCGCUGGGACCUCCAGAUUGCCAGGGAGCGCCGCACCAAGCCCGAGGAGAUCGAAAAGCAGAUGCGCGAACUUCUGGCAAGCCAGAAGGAGCUUGACGGCGAGGAGGCAGCUGCUCUGGAAGACGUCGCGAAUGUGGAUGUAUCGAUUCCGGACGAUUUCUCAGCCGAAUCGUAUGAACGGAUCGACGAGGUUGCAGCGCAGAUGUUUGCCCUCGCAGAGGAGCUGAAGCAGGCCGUGCCAGUACAAUUGGAGCGUUCUCAACGAGUGAGAACUGUUGCGGAGGAGAUCAAGGCGUUGAAGUCUUAA